GGGCGGGGGGUUGGGGGGGAGCCGGCUAGGCCUCGGGCCGGCGGGCCCCGCGGCGGCCGCGCCCUGCCCCGGCACCCCGGGCCUCCGCGCGCCCCUCCGGCUCCCCUGGGGCCUCCGGGCGGGACGGCGGCGCUGCGGGGCCCGAUCGUGCGCCGGCCGGGAGGCUCCCCCGCGGGGCGGCAGGCCCGGAUUGCCGGGACAGGGGCGUCAGGGCCUAGGAGUGGGGAAUGGGCACCCGCCCGGCCCUUCCCCCUGGUCUCUCGCCGACGCCCCCCCACCCUCGAUUCCGGUAAUAGUUGAAUUUAUUUAUUCCCCUCUGCGCUCUGGGCGGCCAGGCCGGGGCGGGGCGGGCGGCCUGGCGGGCGUGGGGUGGGGUGGAGGGGCGGCGAGGAGUCAGGUGCAGCCGCGGCCCGGAAAGUUUCCUUUUAGGCCCGAAUUGGGGGUUGCCCUCCUUUCGGGGAGCCCUGGUCCUAGCGCCCGCGACCCCCGAGGGCGUGGAGGAGAGCACUCGGCUAUUUUGCAACUCUUUGCCAGUUCCUGUCCAUUGAAGACAAUCUGCUUCAUCUUGAUUCUGCAGCAUUCCAAACUGUGGUAUCCUUGGGGUUCUCUUAACAUUGCUAUGGUGCAGAAGAUUUAAAAUCAGCUGAUGUUCACAAGGAAUAGAGUCACGUGAUGUAUGAAGGGAAACAUAUACACUUCUCUGAGGUUGACAAUAAGCCCUUGUGCUCAUAUAGCCCCAAACUGUGCAAGCAGCGGCGACUCAACGGCUACGCUUUCUGUAUCAGACACGUUCUGGAGGACAAGACUGCCCCCUUCAAGCAAUGUGAAUAUGUGGCCAAAUAUAACAGCCAACGCUGCACCAACCCAAUCCCCAAAUCAGAGGAUCGUAGGUACUGCAACAGCCACUUGCAGGUACUUGGCUUUAUCCCGAAAAAAGAGAGGAAGAAAAAGAAUGAUCCUAUAGAUGAGGUAAAGGUCAGGCACCAGAUGGAUACCAUGGCUUUCAGCCUGACGGUGCCCACGCUGGCCUUGAAGAUGCCCAAUGGACUGGAUGGAAUGUCCCUCUCUCCGCCCGGGGCUAGGGUCCCUCUCCACUACCUGGAAACCGAGUUGGAAGACCCGUUUGCUUUCAACGAGGAAGAUGAUGACCUAAAGAAAGGGGCAACUGUGAGAAAGAAGUUGCAGAGCAAGUUGGCCCAGAAUCGGCAGCGCCAGAGAGAGACCGAGAUUUUAAAAGUUCGACAAGAGCACUUUAGUCCCCCUCCUGCACCUUCACAGCAGCAGCCCCCGCAGCAGCACCCCCACCCGCCACCCUCCCCCACUUCUUUAAAACCUCCGGCGCCGCCGCCACCGCAGGGUUUCGUCUGCAAGUCCCCUCCACCUCCGAACACCAGCCUACCACUGCAGGGAGUGGCCCCCACCACACACACUAUAGCACAAGCAAGGCAGUCGUCUCACAAGAGGCCGCUGCCCCUCCUGCCCUCCGGCAGGGCGCCCGCCGCGGACCCGCCCAGCACUGAUCGGGUCCUUAUGAAAGCCACAGCCUUCUCUCCACACUUCUCCUGCAUCAGCCGACUGCAGAGACUGGUGAGACUGUGCACCCAGAAACAUCAGCUGGACACUGAUCUGUUCCCCCAUCUAGGGUUGGACUGGUCGGAAGAGAGCGGAGAGGAACCGGAGGACUCUGAGCAGGCCUCGCCAUACCAGGUGGCAUGGUCCAUCCGAGAAACCCUCAGAUAUGAAAGACACACGUCAGAUGACGAUGAUACGGAGAGUAGGAGCUCCAGGGUGACCCAACUUUGCACUUACUUUCAGCAGAAAUAUAAGCACCUCUGCCGCCUGGAGCGGGCAGAAUCUCGUCAAAAGAAAUGCCGGCACACGUUUAGGAAAGCCUUGCUGCAGGCGGCCAGCAGAGAACCCGAGUGUACCGGUCAGUUAAUCCAGGAACUGCAGAGAGCUGCGUGCAGCCGAACCAGCAUAAGCCGGACCAAGUUGAGGGAGGUGGAACCAGCAGCAUGCAGUGGAACCGUGAAGGGUGAACAGUGCCCUAACAAAGCCCUUCCAUUCACCAGACAUUGUUUCCAACAUAUCCUCUUGAACCGCUCUCAGCAGCUUUUCUCAAGUUGCACGGCCAAGUUUGCAGACGGACAGCAGUGCUCUGUGCCCGUGUUUGACAUUACACACCAGACCCCUCUGUGUGAAGAACAUGCCAAAAAAAUGGAUAAUUUCUUGAGAGGAGAUAGCUCCCGUAAAGUUCAGCACCAGCAGCAGAGGAAACCCAGGAAAAAAACCAAGCCUCCUGCACUUACCAAAAAACACAAGAAGAAGAGACGGCGUGGACCUCGUCGACCCCAAAAACCCAUUCCCCCUGCAGUCCCCCAAGGGAACCUCAGCAUGCCCACCAGCGUCUCACUGCCAGUGGAGACCGCUCAGAUCCGGAGCCCAUCCACGCCGGAGCUGAGUGCUGAUGAGUUGCCGGACGACAUUGCCAAUGAGAUCACUGACAUUCCACAUGACUUGGAAUUGAACCAGGAGGACUUUUCAGACGUCCUGCCACGGCUGCCUGAUGACUUACAAGAUUUUGAUUUUUUUGAAGGAAAGAACGGAGACCUUCUUCCAACUACCGAAGAGGCCGAGGAACUUGAGCGGGCCUUGCAGGCUGUCACUUCUCUUGAGUGCCUGAGUACCAUUGGGGUACUUACCCAGUCAGAUGGUGUGCCAGUCCAGGAGCUGUCAGAGAGAGGAAUAGGGGUGUUCUCCACAGGUACUGGAGCUUCAGGAAUUCAGUCCUUGAGCCGAGAAGUAAACACAGACCUAGGGGAGCUACUGAAUGGGCGCAUAGUACAUGAUAAUUUUUCUAGUCUAGAGCUGGAUGAGAACCUGCUCCGUUCUGCUACCUUGUCUAACCCACCUACACCCCUGGCAGGGCAGAUCCAAGGGCAGUUCUCUGCCCCAGCCAACGUCGGCCUUACUUCUGCCACUCUGAUCAGCCAGAGUGCACUUGGGGAGAGAGCCUUCCCAGGACAGUUUCAUGGACUACAUGAUGGCAGCCAUGCCUCCCAGAGGCCACAUCCUGCCCAGCUGCUGAGCAAGGCAGAUGACCUAAUCACCUCACGACAGCAAUACAGCAGUGAUCAUUCACACUCCUCGCCCCAUGGAAGCCAUUAUGAUAGUGAGCACGUGCCGUCUCCCUACAGUGACCAUAUCACCUCUCCCCACACAACAUCUUACUCUGGUGAUAAUAUGGCAGCUACCUUUUCAGCAGAGAUGCCCAUCAUGGCGCAGCACUUGCUCCCAACCCAACUCGAGGUGCCACUUGGAGGAGUCGUGAACCCCAGAACUCACUGGGGCAAUCUCCCUGUCAACCUUGGAGAUCCCUCUCCAUUUAGCAACCUUCUUGGCGCAGAUGGACAUCUUCUUUCCACUUCCCUAUCCACGCCACCCACCACUUCGAACUCAGAGACCACACAGCCUGCCUUCGCCACCGUGACCCCUAGCAGCUCCAGCGUGCUUCCGGGGUUACCGCAGACCAGCUUCAGUGGCAUGGGGCCUUCUGCUGAACUCAUGGCCUCCACCUCUCCCAAGCAGCAACUCCCUCAGUUCAGCGCAGCCUUCGGCCACCAGCUGAGUUCUCACAGUGGCAUUCCUAAGGACCUGCAGCCCAGCCACAGCUCUAUAGCCCCUCCUACAGGCUUCACGGUAACAGGUGCCACAGCUACAAGUACCAAUAAUGCAUCUUCUCCCUUUACCUCCCCUAACUGAGCGUGUCUGUGUGUUUGCAGGCAGGUGGGGAACCUGGUGUUUUCUAUCUUUGUUUCCUGUUGAUCAUCCCUUUCCCCUUUUCCUAAAGAAGAUUUUAAAAAUAACAGAUGGGGACUAGAGGGGAACUCCUUUUUCCAGUUAAACAAGUAACCCUGCAGUGGACCUCGCUUCAGUGUUCACAUGUGCUCCUUUGCACUGGUGCUCAUUCCCUCCCGGCGGGUUCACUCUUACCCCAGUGGUUUCCUUAGUGGCUCAGCACAGUGACUGGAUAGAAUUGAUUUUUAGCAGCAAGUCCUAGAAGUGGAAGAUACCUCAGAUUACCAGUGCCCUUUACUAUUUCCUAGUAUUCAGAUCAAUGCUUUCCAUUCUAUUACCAGGUCUUUACAGAGGUGGUUCUAGAUAGAAUGGUCCUGUUCAUCGAGUUCCUGUGUAAGAGACAGCAAAUGGUGUGUAGGGACAGAUCAAGGCUCUGACUUAGCACCAACUGCUAAACACCGCACGAGGCCAGGAUUCCAUUCCUAAUUGUGAUCAUGUUCAAUUAAAAAGAAAAACAUUAUUAGUCUUUUGACCGCCUGUGUGAAUGUGUGCGCCCAUGUGUGUGUUUUUGUGCAGGGCAGGAAGCAGCUGUCCCAUGGUUGUUCUUUUUCUUUCUUUCUUUCUUUCUUUCUUUCUUUCUUUCUUUCUUUCUUUCUUUCUUUCUUUCUUUCUUCCUUCCUUCCUUCCUUCCUUCCUUCCUUCCUUCCUUCCUUCCUUCCUUCCUUCCUUCCUUCCUUUCUUUCUUUCUUUCUUUCUUUCUGUUUUUUUUUUCUUUCCUAACGAGUAUAAUAAGGCUCUUACUUCUCCUUUCCCACGUCUCACAACCCUAAUAAGGUUGGUCAUCCUUUCCCACCGAAUUAACGAAGUUUGCCAAAUAGAGAGGGUGGUGGUCUGGUGACGUGAAUUGUACAACCUUCUUCCGCUAAGUUAUCCAAGAACACAAGAAGCUGAAUUCAUGUCAGGGCCGUGGGGAUGUCACAAAAAGCAUGGAGUGACUGCAGGGUUGCUGAGAUUCUGAGGUCUGGUGGUUAUUUUGCCUUUUUAGACAGGUGUUUGUUUCUCCAUCCUCUCUCAUGGAAUACAUUCACGAGAUGUAAUUAAAGACCAUAUUUUGAUGUGAAAAGCAGGCUAGGUCAGAUACGUUUGGAAAGAUGGAGUCUCCGAACUCCUUGGUCCAUCUUUUACUUUUGAAUUUUUCAUGUUUACAGUAGUGAUUCUUUGGUAAGAGUUGUAAAAUGUUGAAGACACUUGUAGAAUCAAUGUGCCAGUUGUGAAGUGACGUGUAAUAUCUGAAGGAUACACAUUUUAAAGUUUCUUUCAAAGCAGAAUAUGGAAAUUAGACCUAAAUUUUACCUACCCUGUUGGUACUUUUAAAACAAUUUAAGUACUUAGAUUUAAGCUGCAGAAAUUUUUUUAAAGUACCGAGAUUUUAGGGUUGAAAAUUAUAUUGGGUAGUUUAGUAAGUUGGUGACUAUGGAAAUGAAUAUGUGAGGUUUCUUUUUACCUGCCUUCUCCCCUGCCCCCUUCCCAAGGGUGGAACUAGAUUUUAAAGUCAUCUGUACUCUUCUGCUUUUGCUGAGAAGUUUCACCAUCCCCUGAGAUACCAUUGGCUAUUUAUACCUGAGUCUAGUCUAAUUUACAUAUAUAUAUUUUAAAAGAUGAGUAGAGAGAACAUAUCUAUUAAUGAUGUGAUAUAAUAAUUCAUUGGUCAGGGAAUAUUUGAUCUGAAUUCCUUUUCAAUAGGUAAAGAUUUGGAUGUAUUUUCCUACUUCCUAUAUGUAUUCUCUUUAUGCCAUGCUAAUUCUAACCAGUUCCCUUCUUUUGAAAGCUUUUCUUUCUCUGCUUUUUAAAGGAAUGAUGGUGAUCAGCAGGCAUUAUGCAGAUGCCAUGCGCCUGAGGUUAUGGAGGGGAAAUGUCCCAUGACUGUAUGAAAUCAUUAUAUGCCCUAUUUUGUAUUUAUUGAAGUUUCUUUUUGUGGGCCAAAAAUAUGUUUGUAAUAUAUUUAGUUUUUUUUUAAUCAUGAUAAUUGAUUGGAAGAUUUAUUUUUUAAUAGCUUUGCCUUUUUUGCAGAUUGAGAAAUUUCUAAAUUAUAAAUUAUGUCACAAAGCAAAAUUAUAUUUGGUAUCACCAUAAAUUUCUAUUCUGAACGGUGAGAGCAGAUAAUUUGAAUAUUUCUCACCUGUGAACCUAUGUUAGUAAGCUUUUUUAUUUUAAUGUACUGUAAUGAAAUGAUGAUGAGUAGUUACCUCUGCUCAGAAGUGUCAUUUAGUUUGCUCCAGUCGUUUCGCCUCCCAUUCUAAUCCUCGCCGGAUAACUGUCCAUUCCCAGCAAUUUGGUCUAGUCUCCAUCGUGUACUAAUCCAAGGUUGUACCAGAGCAGGACACUAUCUUAUCGGCCCCCUUCUUUGACAGCAAACGGAAAGUCAUGGGGAGUCGGUUUGAACUUUUCUGGCUAUUUGUCCCUCGUGGUAGCUGCUUAAAAUUCUUCAGUUAUCAAAACUGAGUUUGCAGUAAGUUGCACAUUUUAUUGUUCGCAAUUUUCUGUUUUGUGUGCAUUUAAAAGCCCUUUCCUGCUUUCUAAUAAGGAGGCACGAAAUGAUCAGGAAUGUUGCCAGUUACAGCUUCACACCAAAAACUUUUGAGUAAAUUCAUUUUUGUUUAGACGCCCACAGUGAUAGCUGAAGAAAGGGCACCCGUAGAAAGUACCAGUGUAGGUUUGAGGAAUUAGCAAAAAACAAAUUUGUCCUCUCAUUUCAUCUACUGCAAAACAAAUAUCCAAGCUUGCAAUUUGCUUUGCCUUUGCGGUUUCUUGCGAGUCCCUUUUUGGAAGACAGAAGAACAUCUGUGAACCCAGAGACACCUGUUAACGUUUUUCUUUUAGCUGAUAUAGAGCAAUUCUCGUCUAUCAGUAGUAGGUUUGCUGUUAAUGUGUAGAGGAAGGAAUGAAUUGUCUUUUCCUCCAGAAACAGGAAAAUUAGUGUCUUUUAAAUAGCACUUACACUAUACUAUAAUAAGGCAAUACUGGAAUCAAAAACAGAUUGUAUGUAAGGUCCUAAUUAGGUGGAAGCUAGCUUUUUAUUCUAGGGUGAAACUCAUCAGAAAUAGUGGCAGAGAAGGGUCACUCUAUUUCUGCAGUUCUUUGGGACCAUUUAUAAGGGCCAGUUAGAUUGUGUUAAUGUGAUUUAAUUUACAGAGUUGCUGCAGUUAAUGGAUACAUUCUGUGCUCUGAGAAUCUGAAGUCCAUUCUAACGAAUGAUACUCACUGGCUGUGAUCUAUAGCAUCCGAAGAAAAGAUGUGUUUUCUCUCCUUUACUCUCUCUACAUAAUUGUUAAUAUUAUUUUAAUUAAAGUACUUAAGACAUUGUUUUUUUCUCUGUAAAAAUGGCUUAGUAAUUUGCACAUCUGCGUAGGUUAUGUAGCUAGUAACAAUUCACAAUAGUAAAUAGCAAUUACACUUAACCCACCAAAUGACAGACUAUGCAAUGGAAAAUUUUGUAAUUAUCGUCACAAAGCUUAUAUGGUGAAGGAUUUUUUUUUUUCCCUCUAGUAACCUACCACGUGAGAUAGAACUGCUUUAUAAGUGACUUCCUGAGCAAUUUCAUGCUGGCAGGCAGUGCGGUGUGUCUAGUGUCCCUCCAUGAAAAGAUUAUAAUUUCAUAAGAAGCAAAUAGUAGGUAUGGAGAUAAAGUUGGAAGAUGUGUUUCUUUGUUUUCUUUUCCUUAAGAUUGUAGUUACUGUCUUGAGUGGUGUCAGGCUAAAGAAAGCUAAUCCUUUAUCUUUGCCAAAUAAUUAUUUAUAAGAUUUAUUUCUUCAAUAAGCCCAUUUAUUUCUUCGAUAAGCCCAAUGUCUCAACUGCGAGCUAAGCCUCCUCACUUUCUGUGACUAACACUAAAAGCUGUUCCUUAUCAGAGCUCGUUCUCAGGCCACCAUCGCAACCCAGAGGCAAAGACAGUGCUUUGAUUUGGAAGGAAACGGUGUCUGUGAUACGUGCCCGAUCCGUAAGCUUUCUUCUUAGGUGAAAGAAUUUCUGUUUCUGUUGACCAAUAUACCAUUCAGUUUUUUGUGUUUUAAGUAGGCUCCACACCCAACAUGGGGCUCGAACUCACAACCCUGAGAACACAAGUCGCAUAUUCUACCGACUGAGCCAACCAAGCACACCCCCUUCCAUUCAGUUCGUUGUAACUUGCGCCCUUACGUUUGUCGUCCUCCCUGCCCCCUUGCGAGGGGUUCUGGGGCUGUGUCAGCAGUGUUUGAGGCGGUCGCCCUUUCUCCGAGUUAGUUCAGUAGGUUGUUGUGGACUGGUAUUGCAAAAAGAUGAAGAUAUUGAUAACACUAAACUAAUUAUUUAAUCAGUUUCGACUGCAUUUGAAAAAUUUUUUUUUAGGUAGCUAGUUUUCAGGUUCUUCAACCUCUUUCUUUUUAGCCUUUUAACAUUCUACUAAAUUGUGUUUUUAAUCUGUUUUAUGUGGAAUAAUCUGAUCCAGUGGUCUUCUAAAUGGUCAACAGAACUCUGCAGUUGAAUGAGGCAGUUUAAAGGAUUCCUUAAAAGAAAAUGUAGUCAUACUGAACAGUCUUCAUCUGUAUCUUUUAAACCAUCACUAACACCUACAUCACUCCAAGGAUUUUUUUUCCCCGAUGAGAAAUACAUUUCUUGGUGAGGUGGGAGGUAGAAGUAUACAUGUGAUAGAACAUCGAUUUUUUCCCCCCUCUCGCAAUACAUUGAAAAUACGGAAUCUUCACUGGCAUUCUAUAGAAAGGUAAAACAGUUUAAUGACUUCUUAAUAUCUUGAGCCUUAUAAGCUUUCCAAUAUCAUACCCUGGAGGGAACAAGAAUCCAUGUUUAGUAGAUUAACAUUUUAAAUGCUAUCUUUCAAAAAAUUUGACAUAAAAUACCAGUGAAGAACAUAUUUGGGUAUCUGUUAAGCAUUUCCCCCUGACUAGUAAGUUAGGAAAGAAAACCUAAAACGCAAGUGAAUAAUUCUGUCUCCUAGUAGCCAGUGUCAUUAAUGCAAAAAUUGCGGGGCCGACUUAGCCUCAUUUCUCAAUAGCAAAAAUUCUCGUUCCCUUCACCUCUGAUUUCUGUCAGCUUUCCCCUCUCUGCACUGUGAUCAACAGAGCCAAUAAAGGACACGUGGCAUUUCGGAGAGAGAGCAAAUUUGGUGUGACUUUCUUGACCAUAAACUAGGUUCCCAAGUCUUGGGAAUGUCUGACUACUUUGAGUGGCGGAGUUUUUUGGUGAUCUAAAGUUGAGUCUGAAAAAGAAUGUUGCAAGAGAAAAGCUUUCUAACUCUUGGUAAGCUCUGUAGGGCAGCCCAGCUUUCCUCCCCUCUUCCCUCCUGCCUGCCUGCCUCCGCCUGCCCCCAGUUCUCAAGUAUGCACACGUACAGCCUGAUCUGUCCUGAUCGUGGCCUGAGAGUACUAGAAGCUGCCUCUUGCACUUGUUCGUUUGUUCUUACUUGUGUGUUUAAGCUGGGACCACUGAAGUAAGCUCUAGAUGCACCCAAAGUUCCCCUUGGAAAAAAUGUCAGUAUGCAGUGCGGAAGGUUCCAGUGCAGCUAGACGCCACACCAUUGCUUUUGCUCGGGGACUAGACUGAUUUGCCCUGAAAGGACUCCACCCUGCCUGGUUCGGGCCCAGUGGGCUCCAGCAGAUUAGCGUGGAAGUGACAGGAAAUCUGGUGCUUGGAACAUUGUCUUCAUCUGCUCAGAAGGGUUGGAAUCAGUUCCUCGGCACAGUGAUCGUUCUUUUCGCUGUACAGUGUUGAGUAUGUCUCAGGGAUUCCUUGUGGAAAUUAGGGCAGUUUUUAAAAUAAGAAAAUAGUUUUAAAAGAAACUAAAGGUGACUCACCAUUGAAGAGAGCGCAAGAAAGAGAAAACAUUUGGUGUCAUAGCCCGCCGUGUCUUGCGUAGGACUCUUCCUUUUCUCCUUCAGGCUCUCCUCCGCUUCAGCAAACAGUCCUUUCCCACCACGCACAGCUUUAAAAGUUUUAUUUAAAAAUUUCCUUCCCCGAUGAGCUUUCAGAAUACUUAUUGUAGAUUUUAAGAGAAAAGGUAUAUUAAUUUAUACUAUUAACAUCACCUCAUAAAUUAUAAGUUUUAUACUAAAGCUGUAUUGAGUGUAAUGAAUUAUGUUGCCUAUGUGUUUUAAUAGCUUAAAAAAUUAUAUAUGAGCUUUUUUUUGUUUUUUGUUUUUUUUUUUUUUUUUUUUGACAAAACAAACUAGUGAAGCACCUUUUUACACUGGAUCUCUGCCGUGUCAAGGUGUAUAGCUAUCCUUUGCUACCUUGCAGAUAUAUAAAAUAAAAGGAUAUCCUGGGGCCUCAAAACGUAGAACACCUUUAGACCAUUUAUUACUGCUCAUAGAACUGUUGGGCGUCGUGUUUCUUUAGUAACUGAUCUGUGGUUUACACUUCAGAUGGCUAGAAGCUUAGUUACAGGGUAAAUAGAAAUACAUAGAUCAAGCAAAGCUCCCAACUGCUGUAGCUGGAAUUUGUAAACUUAAGUUUUUAAGACCUCCUUUAUUUCCUAUGGAUUUAUUCUUUAAUUUACAGUUUAUUCUGUAAGUUGGGAAGUAAAAUAGAGAAAAUAAUAAGUCUAGAUGUUCUCAGUGUCUUAUUCAGGAACUUUUUAUCCCUCCUCACUAAGGAAUUCCCACUGUGACUUAAAAAUAGAAUUAAAUUACUCAUGUGCAUGUCUCUGUCUGUGUUUUUACACACAUGCAAAAAUAUACAUGGGGGGGGCACGUGUGUGGGAGAGGUGAAUGUGUGCUUAGGUGAAAAUAGAGGAAGGUAACAGAAUGUAUUGUAGAAAUAUGACUAUUUAGAGGGGGCUAUCAGAGUUAUUUUCUCUUUGUCUCCGUAGUAUAAAUACACCAAAUUCUUCAUUAUGCUAUCUUAUGUUAAAAGGCUAUCUCUGAUAUCAUGUGCAUUUUCUUUUAACUUUUGAUUAACUUAUAUAUUACGCUAUGUUUUUAAAAUGACGUGAGAAACAGCAGGUUCUAAGACCAGCCUCUCACCUUUGAGCAUAAAAAUUAGAGAAAGAGAGAGAGAGAGAGAGAGAGAGAGAGAGAGAGAGAGAGAGAGAGAUGCAAACCCAGACGUGAGCUGUGUUUAUCUACUGGGGUGAUGGGACCAGAUCCGUUGAACCUUUCUUUAUGUUAAUAAUAGAUCUCUUCAUAUUCUGAGUUAGAAAAUCUUGAACAUCUUUUCUUGGUAAAGUUAAGGAAAGUAUAGGCUCUUUUUAAAGAAUGCCAUUUUUUGAAGGGACUGCUUUGUUGAAAGAGUUGGUGGGAUCAUUUCACCAUGCAUAUUUCAAAGCUGGGAUGAUUUUAGUUAUCUCCAAAAAUCAAAAUUUUUUUUUUUUUUUACUCAUUUGUGCUCUUACUUAUGAAGUGAGUGUGCCCCCGGCCCCCGUAUUUUGGUUACAGGAAAAAUUAUGCUACCCUUGACGUUUCCCUGAUUCAUAGGGAAUUUAAAAAAGAUACAUUCCUAUAGUUUGAGUUUUGUCAUUUUGCCAUACAUUAAUUACUGGAGUAUCUGAUGGUCUCAGAUAGCCCAAACUAGAGUUGUUAUUAAGUGCUCCAAUCACAUUUAUAUUUAAUAUUAAAAAAAAAUCAUGUACUUUGAAAUAUGUCAAAACAACUCCUGAUACUACACCUGAAUUUGUAGUUCUCUUUGAAGCCUCAUUCAUCUUAGGUAUAGUCAAGACCUAGGAGAGCUUUACAUGUCGUUCCUUUUAUAGUUGUAUUUCUGCAUCUCCCAGUUUCAUUCACUCUUGCUUUAUGGAUUAAAAAAAAAAAAUCUGCAUAUUUCUUGUACAUAUGCAUGCAAAUGAAAGAAGGGGGUUGGUUUCGGUGCCACUCCUCCCUUCAGUUACUGGUUAAUGGGAUUUGCUAGAAUAAAUUCCCCCUGAUUGAAGGGUGAAAAUAGACCCUUUUGUGUAUAUCUGUACAGAGAUGUGUAUAUGGGAUGUGGUGGCACUUUGCUGAAUGUGAACUUGCCUUGUUAAUGGAAAGAUUGAAAAGUAUUAUGUUUAUUUAUACAUUUGUAUAAAUCUAUAUAUACACGUAUGUAUAUGUGUGUGUAUAGAUAAAGCUAUAUACAUAUAUUUCCCUAAAUGUGUGUGUGUAAUAGGUAAACAGCCUUUGUGAAGCAAGAUUAUCCGUCCCUGGAAAACUCUGGGUUAUUCUGUAAGCAAGAGGAGGUGACAGUCUAGAGUACAUUAUCAGUGCAUCCUAAGACGGAAGUCCUUCGGAUGAUAGUCUUGUUCAUGGUUAUUAUAAGUGAAUUCCUGCUAGAACUAUUCUUACUUUCCAGUUCCACUAUUCUUCACCUUCAUGCCUUCUCCUAUCCAAGUACUAACCAGGCCCGACCCUGCUUAGCUUCUGAGAUCAGACGAGAUCGGGCACAUUCAGGGUGGUAUGGCCGUAGACUUUCACUGCCUUCUAAAUCAGUCUCUCAUCACACUUCAUUUGGUACUCCCCCCCCCCCCCCCUUAUUAUGGCCUUUCUAGCCAGAAGCAUUUGGCUUAAGCAUAUUUCAUUAACUCCUCAGUUGUUUCUUUUAAAGAUCUUACGCUCUUAAAUUUUCCAGAAGAUGUAAGUUUUGGUAAUAGUUUCUAGAGUAGUUUUGAGGAUGGGGCAUUCGUCUUUGUCUCAAAAAUGAGCAAACCAACAGUCAAACAAAACGCAUUUGAAAGUUUUACCUAGAUAAUUUUGGGACAUUUUACUCACAUUGGCAAAGAACAUAAUUACGAUUUUAUUAAUUGAUAACAGUGUUAGGUUUAUUUUCUCCUUUACCGUCAUCAAUUUGUCACUUAAAAAUUUUGGUUUACUUGUGUUUUAGCCACAAAUUUGCCAUUUUCAUUUUUCAUGGAAAGCGUACAAAGUCACGCAUAUGCCUCUUGAAUUCUCUAACUCCUUUUACUCAUGAUGAAACUGCUUUAAUGAAUUCUUAUGUAAUGAGUUUUGCUGUAUUUCCUCUUGACUUUUUUUCACGUUGGUGACAUUCUGUUUUAACUUUGCUGCAGCUCUCUACAACACUUGCAUCCCUAUAUAUUGUGCCUUUAAAGCUCUUAUGCACACACAGACAAAAGUGUAUAUAUACAUGUUGGAGCAUGUGUACAUAUACUUUCGUAUAUACUCACACAGUAUGUCUCAUAUUGUGGGAGUGGAUAUAUAGAUAUUCAAAGGCAAUGAAAUGUUGCUUUCCAGAUAUAUAUGUAUAUAAAUAGUGUUGAUAUACUGUAUAUACACAUGUAUAUGUAUGAGUUUUAAAUGGCAAUCUUUUACAUUUAGCAAAAUGCUGCCCCUACUGGAAUAUUGUCACUGCAGUGGCAGUUGUAUGUAAUGAUUUAAAAUACAUUAUCGAAAAUUAUUUAAAAGAACAUUUAAAAGUCUCAUCUAAAGACAUCCACACAUUAUUUAUUUAUCUUCCUUUUCCUUUUUAUUGUUACUUUUUUUUUUUUUAACCGAAAGGGAGACUGUCAUUUUUUAAAAUGCCAUCUGUCCCAUAGGAGAAAGAGAGAGAGCGUUGGAGAUUCACUUGAGGAAUCUUGUGCAUUUUUCCUCUCUCUCAAAUGGAGAUGUACCACAAACCAGCCUGUUUAUUUCAGUUAUAAAGCAAUCCUAACAUUGCCAUUAGUGUAUGUCAUCCACCAUCUUCUGGACCAACUUAAUUCGCCAGUCUGCCUCUUCCUUUCAUUAAUAAGUAAUGAUCACUGAGAUCAUUUUGCCUGGGGGGGAAGUUAACUACUCUCUAGCUGCAGGGAAUUAUAUCACCUAAUUGUUAUUCUGCCUUGUUCAAAAUUCAACUUUGAGGGAAGGCAGCGCUCCUGAAGCUGUCUUGAGCAUGUUUUGCAUUUAUUUACUUAAAAGGUCUUCCCAGACACUUUUUUUUUUCUUUUUAAAAGAGCUCCAAGUCUGCAUGCACUUGCCAUAGAUUUCUUAUUCCCCACAACUUCAGGUGUUUUCAUUAGUAUAUCAAUUUGACACGCCGAAUGACAGACUAUUAAGGAAAAAAACGUUGAAUAUUUUAUUUUGUGAUGAGUUGGCAGCAGAUUACAUUUCAAGACCUCACAGAGAGAGGAACAUAAACAUAGAUGGACAAUCCUCCAUUGUAAGACGUUACAAAAAACGCAAAAACAAAAAACAGUGGAUUGAGAGUUCCCCUGAACACUAAAACAGAGAGGUUGGGGUUUGAGGGAUUUCAUGGAAUAGUUUAGCUGGAACUUGAUAUCAGAAGCAGCCUUUAACAGAAAGCCUCUUGGCAAUUGUAUGGUACUAACUGGAGUCCUGAGGUGUGAAUUGAAACCAAGUUGCAGUGGGAAAUCAGAGGUGAGGUGGUAACAUCUUUGAAUCCAGUAAGUGACAGGUUGCACAGUUGUAAAAUCUCUUCUUACCAAGUAACUGCACGGUAGCAAGGACUAGCGGUUCUCAAAGCCCUUCUUUUUCAGCGUUCUCAUUCACCUUGGCACACAAGUAUGUUUAACAGGCCAUACAUUAAAACUAUUUACAAAAAAAAAAAAAAA